ACGGGUAAUGGCCGUCGCUCUUUUAGGAAAAGUGUACUCAUGGCGUCCAGCGUAGCGUGUUUAGCGACAGCUUUUAUUUAGGAGAAACUGAUUUAAUUUAGAGGUAACUGGGAAACGGCGAUCCGUGAUUUCGCCAUGCCGUUGUUUGGUAAAAAGGACUCGCAACGAAAGAAGGACAAAGAAAGUGUCAGUGUCGAGGAAAAAUAUGAAUUCAAGGACCUCCUCGGAACGGGAGCCUUCUCCCAGGUGGUGCUUGCGGAGAGCCGGGACACCCCCGGCGUCAUGCACGCCAUCAAGUGCAUUGACAAGAAGGCCCUCAAGGGCAAGGAGGACUCCCUCGAGAACGAAAUCAAGGUCCUCAGAAGGUUGAAGCACCCAAACAUAGUCCAGCUUUUGGAAACAUACGAAGACAAGAACAAGGUGUAUUUAGUGAUGGAGCUAGUGACGGGGGGAGAGCUGUUUGACCGCAUCGUGGAGAAAGGGAGUUACACGGAGAAGGAUGCCAGCGACCUGAUUCGGCAGAUCCUGGAGGCUGUAGACUACAUGCACUCGCAAGGCGUGGUGCACAGGGACCUGAAGCCCGAAAACUUGCUGUACUAUUGUCCUGAAGAGGAGUCCAAGAUAAUGAUCAGCGAUUUCGGGCUUUCCAAGAUGGAAGACUCUGGUAUCAUGGCGACUGCCUGCGGCACCCCCGGCUACGUCGCUCCAGAGGUUCUAGCUCAGAAACCUUACGGAAAAGCUGUUGAUGUCUGGUCCAUAGGAGUUAUAGCUUAUAUUCUGCUCUGCGGAUAUCCGCCGUUCUACGACGAAAGUGACGCAAACUUGUUUGCUCAGAUACUUAAAGGGGAGUUUGAGUUCGACUCUCCGUACUGGGACGAAAUCUCAGAUUCUGCCAAAGAUUUCAUCCGUCACUUGAUCUGCGUCGAUGUGGAGCGACGGUACACCUGCAGGCAGGCCCUGGCGCACCCAUGGAUUUCCGGCAACACGGCGAGUGACAAGAACAUUCACGGCUCCGUGAGCGAACAACUGAAGAAGAACUUCGCCAAAACUAAGUGGAGGCAAGCGUACAACGCGACGGCGGUGAUUCGGCAGAUGCGCAAGCUCGCCAUGAGCAGCACGGGAAGCUCGCAGGACGGAGGCGGUCCCACGGACGCCUCGACCAGCGGCCGGCGCCCGGUCCCGUCGCCCCCCGCCAACUCGGACUGAACACCAGCCCCUCCCUCUCCACGACCGACGCAUGUGACGCCUCUCCCUCCUUGCCACUCUGCCCCGGUGUGCUCGAGCGGGCGUCGGGAAGAUGCGGCUGCGAGAUCGUUUGACAGAACGAGCGCUGGGCGCACGGGCCGGAGAGAAAGUGGCUGCCUGGCAACCACGCGUAGCUGGCCACAAUUGGCAGAAAAAGGGGUUUGAGCGGGAAGCCUGAGCUGGCUCUUCACGAGGAAAUGAAAUUUAUAAGAAAGGCUGAACUGGUUCUUUACGAGAAAGAAAAUCAUAAGGAAGGCUAAUCUGGUUCUUCGUGAAAAAAAAAAAAUUUAUAAGAAAGGCUACACCAGCUCUUCACGAAAAAAAGAAAUUGAUAAGGGGUGCUGAACCAGUUCUUCACGAGAAGAAGAAAUUUAUAAGGGCUGAACCUGUUCUUCUCGAGAAAGAUAAAUUUUUAAGGGGUGAACCGGUCCUUCGCAAGAAGGAAAAGAUUAUAAGAAAGGUUGAACUGGUUUUUCAUGAGGAGGAUGUCUUGGCAGAAAGGCUGAACUGCUUUUCAGCAAGGAAGGAGGUUUUAACAUGGUCUGAAUUGGUUCUGGCGGAAUUGUUUUUUUUUUUUUUUUACUUGCAUAAAAAUAUGAAUUGUUCUUUGCAAGGAAGAGGUUUAUAAGAAAUGUUUAACGAAUUCUUCAUGAGAAGGAUGUCUUAGGGGAAAGACUGAACUGGUUCUCAACAGAAGACUUUAUAGAGAAAGCUGAACUGACAUUUCAUGGUUUAUCAGGAAGCAUGAUAAAUGGAGCUUCUAGCAAAAAUUUUGAAGUGAUUUUCUGCAAGAAAAAGGUUGUAGUGGGAAGCCAGAACUGGUUCUGUGUAAAUGCUAGUGGUGGAAUGGUGUACAGCAAUGUUAAAAUAUUCUGAAAAAUGUUCUGAGAGGUUUAAAAAUUUUGUAUGUUGCAAAGCUUUCAUGAAGGAAUGAAGCCAGGAGGUGCAGUCAAUAGGGCACUUAGACGGACAAUAAUUAGUCGCCUAAACGAGUUUUUAUGCAUUUUCAUGAAGAGUGAAUACUCGGCAUAGCAAUUGUAGUGUUAGUUGAGGAUAAUUUUUGUUUGUAGUUAUAGCUAACAGGUCCCGCGGUUGUAGCCAGGCACACAUUAAUUCUGUUCUUUAUUUUCUGAUUUUAUAUUUUUGAGAACUGCGAGCAACAAAAGCUAUAUUUUCUUUAGCUAGGAUUUGGAGUACAACCUCAGGGUUUCCGCUGCUGACUCUUGUUUCGUGGGGGUCCAUCCAAGACAAAAACGUUUUAAGACGAAGAACCUAGACACGUAUAUAAGCGACGAAAAAGCGAUCGCCCAAGUGCCCAUUCACGUCAAACGGCUGGAGAAACAGCUAGGCCCUUCGCUGGCAUUGUGCAGAUUAACGCGGAUCGGGCCGUGCUCGCGCCCAAGUGCGAUCGAUUUGCAGAACGGUCAACCGCAAAAGGCGACAUCGUUCCCGACGCCCCUCGACGUUUGUGCAAAGCGCUGCAGACUCUCACACUUUGGACAUUCCUUUCUUGUUACCCGGUCGCUUUCCCUUUCGACGCAGUCUCGUCACGGGACGUUAGUUUCGGCCUGUGCGAAACGACCCUGGUGCUGUUCUGCCGCCCCUCCGUGCGUCGCAAGAGGGGUUCUGUUCCUAAGCCUCCAACCCGCGUUGGGUGGGACGCACCGCCAACGGGGAGACGAGAAGCAGAAGCUCUCGCGCGAGCGAGAUGUUUCUUGACAUGUCUUUGCAUCUGUUGUGCUGUGAUUCAGCUUUGUGUUCAUUUUAUUUCUGCACGUGGAAGGUCAGAUGACGCUAGCGGAGCUACGUAAAGAUAGUAAUUGCGUUGCUCGUACGCUUAGACAGCGAAAAUUUGGUCGGCCCCAAUGACUCCGGUUAAAUUCCUGUUCGACGUAUUCUUUCUGAAACAAAGGCCAAUUCUCUUUGCUUCAAUUCUGUAUUUUCUUUUUUAAACUAGUAGGUGUUACAUGUAUUGUCAUUCCACUCGUAUGGCGUUCCACUUACCUUGUUUCACACCAAUCUGCUCCAUUUAAAGCUUUCAGAAAAUGCUUUUUUUACAUUUAUUAUUUACAAAUACCAAUUAUCUGAAACACUGCUCGAUAUAAAUUAGGAAGUAUGUGAAACACGGUUCUUCCUGCUGAAGCGAAACUUUUUUGCAAAGAGUUUUCAGUUAUAACUGGAAUUUAACUGGAAUGAGAUUAAGAGUGUAGAGAGAAAUUUUGCCAGUGCUACCCUGGGGUUUUUAACGAACGUCACAUAGUAUUGGUACACAACCGCAUGCCGGUGCGAUGCUCAUCCAGAUCGAAACGGGCGGCAGUGGAAAGUGAACUUGGGAUAGCUACGUACGCCAAAGUGAACGAUUGCCGGCACCUCGAAACUGCUACCAACGUUUCGUAGGUUGAAGGUGCGAAGAAUCGCGUAAAAUUAAUCUCGAUUUAUGGAGUCAAGGCAGCCAUUUAAUGACUCCCUGAUGCGAAGGAUGCAAUCGUUUUUCAAGUAAAAGAGGUUCAAAUUGAGUGUGGCAAACUAUGAAACCAGUUAUUGUUGAACGCAUAUUUAUUUUUUAUACAUUGUGUUACGUGAAAUUUGAGUAUUGGUUUAGCUACGAUAGACAGUCCUCCGACGAAAGAUAUGUUUUUGUUUGUUCCAAACGUGCAAGUCCCCUAACACGACACAAUCCAAAAGGGCAAGGAGACUGGUGCAACCAUUUUUUUUUUUCUGCAUUUUCUAUCGCAAAGGAAGGCCACAAUUGUAGUCCGACAAACUAACUUAUCUAAACUCUCGCAUUCCUCUUCUCAAUCGCUAGUAGCGGUCAAGAUUAUAAAGACCUCCUUUAGCGCUCGGACUCAGUCAGCGUCGAAAGCAGUUUUGGCAGUGAAACUGGGAUCCCAGCGAACGACGGAGAUAGAUGACGGGAAGGAAAAUUGGAAAGCAUUGGGCCGUGUCUUUUUAUUGCUUUCGCUGCGCUAGAGUCAACCGACCACAAGAUGUCCGUGUUUUUUGCCGAUCAUAUUUUACUCCUGUAAUGCAUUUAUACUUACUUAAAACGUUCCUGCGGGCGUCUUCGACGCAGCCGCCGAAGUCCGUCGUUUACGAAUCUCUCCUUGCAGUAGCCCGGAGUUAUAACGCUCUUUAUAAAAUGGGCCACAUUUAUUUUUUUAUACUUUCCGCGUCCUUUUUGCCGUGGUCCGCGCUCUCUCACUUGUCGGCGCUAGUCAGCCGUCGCCCGCUUUGCAUGUCUCGUUUUCUCAACUCCCGCGUCGAGCUCAGAUUAGUCGACGUACACCCCCUUCCCCCGAGCGUCCGUCGAGGUGCAAGUUGAGGAGAAGCAGAGCCGGUAAUAAUGGGGGACGUAGCAGCGAACGUUGGGUAGACGCCACCGCGCUCAGUCAACAUUGCUCACUUCUCGGGGCGUUGAAAAGGGAGUGUCACGAUAGCACGCGCGCUGGAUGCCCUUUUCUCUGCAACGUUUUUGCGGCCAUGAGAGGACGUUGCGUGCAUUCUUGCGUGCAAUAUUCUUGUUGGUUGCAAUAUUCUGGUCACGCGCGUGAAGAGGUCGCGGGGACGACCUCCAACUUUUUCUCGUCGUCGAGUGGCCUCUAGAAAGUCGCAUCUCAAGGUAGCAACAUGCCUCGAGCACCGCUUUGUCGAUGGUCAUUUGACCCGUCUCGAAUCGGUGUAGUGGUAUCUCACUUUGGCGUUGCCGUGCGGGUAGACUAGACGUUUGAAACGUGCCAAAAGGAAACGUGCUCGAAGAGAGAUCCAACGGCUCUCCAAAUAUGCAGUUUUGUGUCCAAACUAGAAAGACCUAUAUUGCGUUUCAGGUGCAGUCAUUCGUUUCCCCUCGUACGUUCGGUGAUACCCUCCGCCAGCUACCACGAAGCCCACGGAUGCCGGAAUUGUUGUUGCCGGCUCACGUCGUGGGACGAGUUUCUUUUCAUGCCGGCUCGUUGGCCGGUUGCGGAGAUAGGUCUUGAUGCGGCAUUGAUACGAGGUUCAGAUAGCAAUUCUGGCCGCCUCCCAUAGUUGACUACACGAUAACAGUGCUCCUAUUCUACCGUGUUAUCCUGCUCCCAAAGAAAGGUACUUGUUUCUGUGUGUUUGGCUCGGCUACCUACUUGGCCCAGCUUCUCUGUCUAGAACAUUUAACGGAUUUUGGAAACCGCGCCUUGCGGUGCAAAGACCGUAGUGAGGUGGCACUCUCUCCCUGUUAGACUGGCAAAUGGAGAGCCGACGAAACGUGUUGGCGCUUGUAGGAGAUCUCGAGCGGUGCGUGUCGACCUCUUAUGCAGACCAUGGUUUAUAAAACAUGUAAAAAAAAUAAUAAUGGUUUCCGUUGACAUAAUAAGUGUACAAACUAUACUCCGUUACACAUUAACUUGGCAAACUUAGGAGGCUGGGGCCCCGCGACCCAGGAAGAGCGUCGGAGCGAGGCACGUGACCCGACGUUGCGGCAUCAUUUGCGUCGCCCUGCCAAUAGUGAGGCGCGAGGCACUGAGGAACCGGCUGUCGUCUGCCAGCCAAGGGUCGUCUGCUCUGAAACCAUCCAACUUCGGAUGAACGUCCACCGCAGCAUCAUUUCCGUCUGCUAGAAUAGUGAGCACUCUCGGGAACAGCUGAGAAAGCCAUGCGCUCGAUUUAGCCGCGAAUCUGUGACGGGUGCUAAUGCCAGGCACAGUGCGAUGUUUAGAGCAGAAACGGCAGAUUACACGGCUGCGAUCGCCAACGGCCAGGGCGGAACAAGGAGAAAAGAAAUCGGAAACGGACGUGACGUCACUUUGUUGGUUUAAGUACAAUUGAAACUCAUAAAUUUGUGAUUAUUUUUUCUUUACUACUCUUCAUACCUUCUCUUUAGAUAUGGAAGCGUGCAAGUUCAAUUUCCGUCAAAAGAAAAAGAAGCCUAGAAUUGCUUUUUGUCGCAGACGGCACUGUUGCUGUGGCGGUAACAAGGCCCCUUUGGCGUGUUAUCAUGUCCUUUGCUCUGGCGCUUUUAUUGGGUCGCGAGGGCCGCAGCCUCCGCAGUUCAGCAAGUGAAACGGAGUAUAACUGAUGCCACUAUGCACUCUUUCUUUCGUCGUCGUCACUUUGCAGUGCAUAAGUCUGUUGCGUGGCCACCUGUUGGCCGGAAAAUUGUACUUUGAGCGGUUGUUGUUUUGCCGGGAAUUAUUUUCGUUCCUUCCGCGCGAUACCACCCGCUUUGCUUUUGGCCAUCUGAGAUCUGCUGCAUGUUUUUGUUACUGCUCAUUUUUUUCUGAUUUCACUCUUGUGUCUUGAUUGUUUUUGGAGCGGUCACCGCCUUUUUUUUGAAGCGUCGUAAUGGAGAUCUGGAAAGGCAUAUCCAAUGCAUAUUGUGCUGUAAAUAUUGUUUUGUACAUAUAUGUGGCUGCAUUUGUUUUCAAGACCUGGUGAACCAAUUUUUUUUUACUCCUCUAGUAGGCCGGGAGUGUGUGCGUGUGUGUAUGUGCAUGUGUUUCCCGCAGUUUUGUAUUUCCCUUCGUAGCUCUUUAGCUCCCGAGAGUUUCAGACUUAGUAGAGCAAUAACUGUGCAAGGCGGCGAUUGUCUUUUUUGCGUGUCGGCUUUUAGUGCAGCCUGUCGAAAGUGACCGACGUGUAAUGGCGCGAUCUGUACAUACGGAAACUGGUCACAGCCUUGGAGUCGUUGCCGAGACGCACGGGAGUUUGCGGUCUGCGGGCGUCGGAAAGCUAACGUGCCACGAGGGAGUUUUCGGAAUCCUGUCUCUUUUGUAUCCAAAGAAGCCGGCCAAAGCGUCGAAAGGUUUACAUUCACUCGUGGAGCAUGCUUUUUUAACGUCUUUUCGUAGCUUGCACAGUCUGCGUGUGAUGCGAGGAAACGUUGUCGGGGGCCGAAUGUCUCAUUUUGAGCUCGAGGUGUUUUAGAGUUUGUGCUGCUUACAGCCGACCAGUAUUGAACCCCCGUAGCGACCGAGGAAGGACCGAUCUCAGUCCUUCUAGAAAAAGUUCACAUUGCACGAUUGCCAACGUAGCACACCAUCUGUCGAAGGCUAUUUUAUUGGUCCCCAACCUUUCUUUCAUUUGUGAUUCAAGGAUGUUUGCCUCAAAUUGAGUACUAAUAAUUAUUUAAAAACUGAGCGGAGCAGGAGUAGUACUACAAACUCUCAUUGGCCUCAUUGUACUACCUUGAGUUUCUUUGGAGUACAAGAACUGCACUUGGAAUGUCUGUCGCAAUGCAAGUCUGAAAGCUCGAUGUUGUUUUUUUACGUGUACGUGAAGGUGUUUCCUUUUUUUUUUUUUCUUUUUUUCAGUGUGUUUAGUGGAAAUCUUUUUGCUUCGUUUACAGAGCCUGCUGAUUGUUCUUGGAUGUAGUCAUGCAGGCAACUAGUGAAAGAAUAGAUCUUUUUUUAUCUUCGCAUAAACGGUGUCAUUUGCUGGUCAUGAUAAAAAUUUACCCUGA